AAAGGCGGUGCAGUGCGGCGCGCGACGAAGUCUGCAGGCCGUCUGCGCAGCCGUUCUCGUCUCUUUCGGUUCCUGUUUCUGCUUGUGCUCUGCUGGUAUGUCUGCUACACUCGGUGCCGCUCGCCUUCGCCUGUGACAUGGCGCCUCUCGGACGCCACUGAAGUUGCACAGAACUCCCAGAACACGUCACCGCUGCGCUGACUGCAUCAGCUCCAGCAAACUUGCAGCUGCGGCACGAGGAACCCGGACCAUGGACUACAUUCUAUCCUGGACCGGCAAGGGCGCGCGCUCCAUCAGGGACGCCGUCUCGAGCCGAGUGUGGCCCGCGCCGGCGCGCGAAGUUCACUUCGAGGACUCGUGCGCGGACUCGGAGUCGGUUUCGCCGCGUGGACGCUCGGCCACGCACCCCGGCACAGAUACCGGCCAGAAGAAGACUCCGGAGAAGAAGGAUGGGCGCCGCAUGUCGUUCCAGAGACCCAAAGGGACCAUGGAAUAUUCCGUGGAAUCGCGGGACACCUUGAACUCCAUCGCGCUCAAGUUUGACACCACGCCCAAUGAGUUGGUUCAGCUCAACAAGCUCUUCUCCAGAGCGGUGGUACCUGGUCAGGUCCUGUAUGUCCCAGAUCCUGAGUAUGCCUCCAGCGUGGGCAGCUCCCCCUCGCUCAGCCCCAUCAGCCCCCUUUCUCCCACCUCCUCCGAGGCUGACCUGGAGAAGGUGACGGAUUCCGACGGAGCCUCUCGACCAGAAGCCCCCCCGCCGCCGCCUCCCAGCAGCCUGCGCCCCGCCAGGGUGGUGUCCUCCACCUCUGAAGAGGAGGAGGCCCUGACCGAGAAGUUCCUCAAAAUCAACUGCAAGUACAUCACAGAUGGCAAGGGUGCUGUCAGCGGGGUGCUGCUCAUCACCCCCAACAACAUCAUGUUUGACCCACACCGGACAGACCCCCUGGUGCAGGAGCGUGGCUGCGAGGAAUAUGGCAUCAUGUGCCCCCUGGAGGAGGUCGUGUCCGCUGCCGUGUACCGGGAGAUAACCGACAGUAAGGUCCGGGAGUCCGUGCCCCAGGAUGUGGAGCGCGAUACUUCCCAGCCGAAGAGAAUAAAAGCUAGCCACACAGACGAGGCUGAGUUCCGGUUACGGGACACGGGGAACGACAGUGGCAGCACGGCACCCCGCAGUACAGAGGAGUCUUUCUCGGAGGACGUCUUCACCGAAUCGGAGCUUUCCCCCAUCCGCGAGGAGCUGGUGUCUUCCGAUGAGCUCCGGCAGGACAAGUCGUCGGGCGCCUCCUCUGAAUCCGUCUUGACCGUCCACCAGGAGGCAACAGCCGACAGCUCUGCGCUAACCGGUGAGCCUGCAGGGGACGGGCAGGAGGCAGGGGAGCAGCCUGGGGCUGCAGGCAGCCCGGAAGGGCCGACCAGCAAGCGGACGCUGGCCACAGGCUCCAGGCAGCAUAGCGCGGAGCAGACUCCUGGCACGCCCCCUUCCAGGGUGCACCGGUCCACCAGCGAGGGCGACGGUGCCCAAGAGGAUGCCACCAAGGAAAUGACCCAGGACUCGGAGGCAGACGUGGAGGAGCUAAGGAAGAUGUGGAAGAGUCAUACUAUGCAACAAACCAAGGAGCAGAGGGAGAACGUGCACAUGGAAGUGACAGAGGGCCAAGUGCCUACUGAAGGACAGGUGACGUCCAGGGAGAAGCGGAGAAACCGGUCGCACAAGUUCCUGUGCCUGCGAGUGGGCAAGCCCAUGCGGAAGACCUUCGUGUCCAACGCCAGCGCCUCCAUGCAGCAGUAUGCGCAGAGGGACCGCAAGCAUGAGUACUGGUUCGCUGUGCCGCAGGAGAGGUCGGACCACCUGUACGUCUUCUUCGUCCAGUGGAGCCCUGAAAUGUUCGUGGAGGGAAUGGGUGUCCAAGCCCGGGAGCCGGGCUUCAUGGUGGUCAAGAAGAACCAGGAGCCAGAGUCAGAGGAGGAGCCGUCUACGGCAGAAGACGCAGCCAAAGAGUGGGAGGUGGUGUCGGUGGCUGAGUAUCACCGGCGGAUUGAUGCUCUAAACAGCGAAGAUCUGCGCGCUCUCUGCAAGCGUCUCCAGAUAACCACCAAGGAGGAUGUCAGCACCAGCCAUGGUCCCACAAUCAAGGCUGACCUGGAGCCAGAGACCUUCAGACCAAACCUCAACGAACCCAGCACCCUGUUGGAGCCAGAGCAGAUUGAGAAGCUUGCAAAGAACCUCCCCCCAAGGACCAUUGGGUACCCGUGGACGUUGGCGUUUGGCACGGCUAAACACGGCAUGAGCAUAAAGACCUUGUACCGUGCCAUGCAGGGUCAGGACACGCCAGUGCUGCUGGUCAUCAAAGACAGCGACGGCCAGGUAUUUGGUGCGUUGGCCUCGGAGCCCUUCAAGGUCAGCGAUGGCUUUUAUGGCACCGGAGAGACUUUUCUGUUCACCUUCUGUCCUGACUUUGAGGUUUUCAGAUGGACUGGAGACAAUAUGUUUUUCAUCAAAGGAGACAUGGACUCCUUAGCUUUUGGAGGUGGCGGGGGAGAGUUUGGUCUGUGGCUGGAUGGAGAUCUGUACCAUGGCAGAAGUCACUCCUGUAAAACAUUUGGAAACCCCAUGCUUUCGAAAAAGGAGGACUUCUACGUUCAAGACAUAGAAAUUUGGUCUUUUGAGUAGUGAACCGAGGGGAUUUUCGGGGGUGGGGGGAGCAAAUGGAAAACAAAGGGAAUGGAUGGUCACCAGAGCAGCAGCAGCAUUCCAAACCUGACUGCACAUCACCUUGGAUAGCAGGACACAGUUCCACUCCACUUGCACAAUGUGAUCUCGCUGGGUGGAGCAGGAAGGCGGCGUUUCGGAGAGGAUGUUGUGCUUCAACCUCACAGAAGAACGGACCACUGGAGCAUUGUCACCCCGGAUGUAGAUGGUAGCAGCUGGGUUUGGGACUGAGGCAGAAGCGUUGUAGCCCAGAGAUCUGAACAUUUGUAGACACGCAAGUCUACAUCCCCUCGGUCGUUCUGGUAGGAUGACAGUGAUGCAUCGUGGGCCAUAAGCAAUCCACAUGCAGCACACACAUUCCCUUGGUUACACAGGCAAAAGCUGCAAAGUGUUGGAUUUUGACAUUGCGUGACACUAAACUUACCAGCAGGGCAGGACACAAGAGCGAAGUGACGUUUUCACGUUACCGUUCCUUCAGAAGUGAAAGGUAAAGUUGUGUGUAUUAUAGUCCUCCUAUCGUUCACCGUUAUAGUACACCAUCACCAGAAGCGCAUAGGAUACCUACCCAUAGUCGUAAUGUUGCGUUGCGUUCCGUUCAGUGGGUGUAUGUGUGAGUUCAGCCGACACCAGCUCCGCGACGGGGUUGUGUGUACUGUUUGUAGACAGUAAUGUGUUGCAAUAGAUUUGUGGAAUAUGCAAAUUACUGUCAUGUGACCUCAGAUAAUACAGGUGGGAGUUUUGUCAACCUGUUGUUCGUUCAGAGAAAACUGUAAAGCUUUUAUGUCUUGACUAAUAAUUGCUUUUCUGGGUAUAAUUUGAAAAGCCUGAGACUACGUAUGUUUUCCACUAAUAAGACAAUUUAAAUAUUUAUAUAUGGUUUUAUAUAUAUAUAUCUAAUAUAUAUCUAUAUAAAAUUAUAUAUAGUUAUUGCUGUUAAGUGUGACAGUGAUCAUCUUUGUGCUGAUAAUUCAGCUGUGACAAAUAUAAUGUAUAUUACCCUGUAAAUUAAUGUUAAAAUAGUAGAUUUGUUCCUAUAUAAAUAUAUACAUAUAUAUAAAAUGUGGAUUGGUGGGUUGCUUCUAGCACUUUAAACUAGCAUACGAGCAUAAGAGCAGCUCUUUAGGGUCAUCUAGCAGUAGCUGUAUAGUUCUUUUCUUUGUUAGAGCAUAACAAUAGCAGUUUAUAACCAAACGCUCGCUGCUGCUUGUUUGGAGAUGAGGGUGGGAGCGACGGUCUGCGUUGCAGGAAGACCGAGCGUCGCCCGUGCUGCAGGUGGAAGACCCAGACUGAGGGUGUCACGCUAGCGCUUGACGUGUCUCUGUCGGUCUGUAGAGCGAGAGUUUACAGAGCGACCGAGGACGCAGAGGUGUAAAUACGUUUCGCAGCAGCUUUCUGACCCUUCUGAUCUUCCACACCAGUAUUUGUGUACUUGUGGAGUGACAGAGAACUACAUGAAUAAACCCUCAAAUACUUCACCAGACUACUAUGUAACAGUGAUGUAUAAAUAAUGAGAAAACAAAUAAAUUGUUGUACAACCUCA